AUGCUAACCAUCGUGAUCAGGUCUUCUACGAACUCGGACAGUCUAGCACCUCCCCCAUCUCCGUAUCCUCAACAGGUCGAUCCUUCGCCUACUGACUCGAACGGCACAGAGAAUACGGAUAUUGAAGAGGACGUCCAAGAUCAAGUUGGAGAUAAUUUUUCCGGUGCUGAGAUUCAGUCCAGCCGACCCAUGAGUCGAGAAAGCGUACGCAUUAUCGAUACAAACACCGCUGUCGCUUCACGGUCACGAUCUGAUUCGGACGAGACGCCUCCAUCAGCCAUACAUGUGCCGGCCGACUUCAAAGAGCUUGUUAAUUCGGAGAACAGUACAUACACAUCCAAGCACGAUUUUGGACACGCCUGCAUUUCUCCAAGCACACCUGAUGCAGCUUUGGGCCCAGAAGACAAGCGUUUAUCAUCCAUUACCUCGCCCUUGAACACAGAUAUACCACUUGAGCAAGGCGUUGACAGGCCUACUCCGCGAGCCCAAACACGGCAAGAAGUGGAAGAAGAAUGGAAGAGACGGUCAAGACGUACAUCUAGUCUCGAGGAUAUCCCAGAAACGAAUACUACUGCUGGUAAAGACAAGGAAGAUUCUCAGUCGCGAUGGGAUUCAGUCGACGACGUAUCUGAGCUCCGUUCUGCACUAAAUGAAUGUUGGACGCUGUGUAAUACUCUCUCUAAUUUGAGCUCCAGCCAUCGUCAGCGAACUCGAGCAGAAUCGCUACCAAGCACCCCACAUGAACAGGCAUGGCGAAGCUGUUGGCACCUUUGCAAGCAGCUCUACGAAUCAUACUACGAUCGAACACAUACACUGCAAAUUCUAGAAACAUGUCGAGAGUUUUGUCAAGCUCUGUUCGACGUUCGCCUCCGUGGUGACGAAUCUGUAGACUCCAUCUUGAGAGUCAGUUUCGAAAUGAACAAUCAUCUCUACAACACACAUGAUCGCCACCUUCCCGAGGCGUUCAAGGAAAGAACCUUGGAUUUCUAUGUGACUCUAUGUCAUCGAAUGAUGAAAAGGUCGACCUCACUGGCUCGGGAGACUGAUGCACUAUUGAGAGCAUGUUGGUCUCUGGCUGAGGCACUCUUUAAUCUAAGGCACGUUGGUCGGGAUACAAAGAGACUCGAUGAACUGUUAGCUUUAGCUAUUCAAGCUUGUUGGGAUCUGUCAGAUAUCUUCAGAGAGAGCUGGAGUCAUCUGCGUCCUGACAGAAGCACACCACGACCUGGUCAAGUCGGAUUCGCCUCGUCGGUGUCACAACAUUCGAUGGGUCCAUCUGAGCGAGCUCCUUCUAGUUUGAGUAGCGAGUACUACGAUGCGCCGUUGCCGCCACCAGAGACUCCAACAACAAUCUUCGAUGACGCUACCACAGUGUCGUCUCCUGAAUCAGUCACUGUCCCCAACAUUCUAGUACUUGGGCCUGCUGCUCCCGCAAGUUCUGGUGGCUCGACGCGUGGUGCCAAACAUCACGAUCGCUGGUCUAGUAAUGCAUCAACAUUGAGCGACUACUCCGAGUCUGCAGACUCGCAGCGUACCUCGUCUACCGCACGCGCAAAUUCAGAUGGCAAGCAUCUCCUGCGCCUACGCUGUCUUAUUCUCAAGGCAGCCUUCAAUGUCGGUUUCUCAGGGAAAUCGAAUCAAUCUCUUGCUUCAUUCGCCCACAAGCUUCCGGUACAAAGUUUCGGCAAUCAGUCGUGGCAGAUUCGUUUACUUGAACACUACAAACGACUGGUUGUUGUUGAUCAAAGCCUCCGAUCUCUAGCAUCUCUGUCCGGCCAAAGCCUAACUGCUGUUGAGGUUGCCAAAGCAGUCAUGUGGCUAAGCAGGAAUGAGGAGUGGCGGUGGUUGCAAGAUCUUUACUUGAUUGUCUUUAGCUUUGGUGUCGAGGAAGCGGAAGUCAGAGGCGGAUCCUUUCAGAUUUAA